AUGAGGCAAAAAGGAGAGGAAUUGAGAAGUCCGCACCGAUUUAGCCAACAUUUACAAUUCUUUUUACAAGAGCAAAAACAACUUGGAGUGGGAUUUGCCGGAAUUUUUGAAAGAAAUGGAGAUGAAAAAAAAGUAGUUGGUAAUGGUGGAAUUUUGGAAUUAAAACCAGAAACCAAAGUUUAUUAUACUUCGUCGGGUGCGGAAGUAAAAAAUGAAGUUAAACAAAUUAAGCCGCUAAUCGAGCAGAUAGUAGGAGAAAAAGCAGCCAAAAAUAUUCAAAUAAUUAAGGGUCCAAAACAAACAAAUGGCUAUGAUUGUGGGGUUUAUCUGAUAAAAUACAUUGAGGAAUUGUUAAGAGUUGGCAGAUUAGAAUUAAAUAAAGUAG